AUGGCGCCUAAGAAGGUGAUCAAUCUGUGGCUGGUGCAGCUGCUGGAGGAGUGGCUAGAAGCAGCACGCCAAGCGCAGAACCAGAACAAGGAGCACUCGCUCAGGAAGGCUAUCAGAGGGGUGAGAGGCCAUGACAGGCUUGUCACCAACGGCAAAGAGGCCCAGCUUGUUCCCGGUAUCGGGCCUACACUGGGUGACCGGAUAAACACGUGCAUACGCCUCGGCACGACGCAACUAGGUGUACUGAAGAAAGAUGAGGACCACGCGGCCGAGGAUGGCUCACCUGUGGCGAUUAAGGCGCUCAGUGGACAGAAGUACUGUGACUCGUCGUUCACAAUUGCGUCGGCUGGCAAGCUGCAUACUGCCUGGAGCUCCUGCAAAACCCUCCAGACCAAAGGCCUUGUCAUCAAACAAGGCGGAGUGCCUGCAAAAUUUUCCCUAUCGGAAGCGGGCCUCGAGAUGGCAGAGUUCUUGUUGUAUUCGGAGACUUCUAGCUUUCAGCCCAGAUUCACGGCGGUGGAGAUUAUCAAGAAAAUGCAGGAGGAUGCCAGAUCCAAAGCAAAAGCUAAAAGGGCACCGGCACCUAGGAAAGCCUCGGCUGCCAAAGCACCCGCAAGUGCUGUCGGUGACAAGCAGAAGAAAACCAGUGUCAAGCGAAAAGCAACAAGUGAACCCGAAGGAACUACACUACUAUCUAAAAGAGACCGGAAGAAGGCAAAAGCAUCAAACAGUGACAUUAUCUACACAGAAGCCGCGACUUCUACACGAACAGCAGACAGUGACUCCACUUAUUACGUGACCAGUGUGAAUGUGUGCAAAGGAAGCUACGAGCCAAGUAUGCGCAAGGUUGUAUUUAACACGAAUCUGCAAAGUACUACAUCGACAUCGUCGUCAACAACGGAAAGGACGUCUUCGGCCAGCAGCGAAUAUACCAGCGAGACCACAGAAACUACCAGCAAGUGUACUAACAAUGGCGUGGAUGCGAGUUCGUACACAAGCCAAUACAGAACCAGCCAGUUUGCUAACUACAGUGUGGAUGCGAGCUCGUACUCAGGUGAAUAUACGAGUUCCUUUUCAUUCCAAGAAACGAAGUCAUCGUCGAAGACCUCCAUUCCCUCCAACGCAAAUAGAGCCACGAGUAAGGAUCGACUACCUGAAAAUGUGCCUAGCUCGCGUAGAAGAGGAGGCGCUGAUUUGUGCCAGUCCGAGAGUUGGGAUGGGUGUGGGGCUGCGAAGAAUACGGGCAGCAGGGAACGAUCUACUAGUGAAUCACAAAGGGAGUCCGCAGAUAAUAUAGGCGAACGUACUAGACAAAGUCAUGUGAAAGUUGGCGUGUUACAUGAGAACCAGGCCACUGGCCCCCCUUCCGGCUUUGAUACGAGCGCAGCAAAGCCUAUUGACUUCGACUACUGCGACGAGCUCGGCGCACCUGUAUCAAGUGCUGAACAGGCGUAUCGAGUCGAAGUGUACCAGACAGGACUCCGAUGAAAAGGUCAGCUUCCACACCACUUCCCAAACCUGAAGCAAUAUGUCUGGAUUUGACCGAUGAUGAUAAUACGGCGCCAGAACACAGCAAAC